AUGGUUGUACAGGGCUGGACGACGGAGCUGAUCUUUGCCAGAUUCGUCCGCCUAGAAGUCAGGCAUGUUUAUUUUGUUUUAUCCUGCGCUUCCGCGGCUACACUUAUCAUGGCGAGUGGAAUUAGUCCGGUCUCGGUAGGUUUUAGACGGUUUUUCGUGUUAUUGGAGGGAUACAUUUCAUCGUAUAAAAGUGAACCACAAUUUCUUGUAUUUUUGUUGUUUUUGAUGCGAUUAUUUGACUUAUUUUUCAGUGGAAUUCAGAGGACGCGUUCAUAGAGCUGGGUGGGUCAGAUGGGCUACAGAGUUUGGCUAGAGGACCGUUUGAUGAGAGUGCGGAUUUGUAUCGACUUGAGUGGAGGAAGAGGGCAAAACAUUUGUUAACAUCGUUCAGGAGUAUUAUUGAUGGAAAGGUUCAGGUAAGGUGACGUUUAGGCUUGGAAUUGAAAAGUAGUGUUGGGGAGGGGUUUUUUAGGGUUUAUAAUUUGUAAAAGAAGCUUAUAAAAGAGGUUUUAGGCUUAAAAUAGCAAGAACUUAAUAGUUUUUUUCAUUUAUUAUUUUUAAAAUGAAAUCUUAGGGAUACGCGACCCAAAACUGGUUCCAAAUGAACCACUCGAAGCCUCAGGACUUUUCCCCAACCUUAUCCAACUUUUUCGAGGAAAUCCAAAACGACUGGUUGAGAGACUACAUCAGCGAGGACUCCAGGCUGUCCCUAUACAAGCUUUUGAAUUUUGAAAUUUGGGAUUGUCUGAUGAUUGAAGUGGUCUCGUCGAACUCGUUCACAUACAAAGCUGCUGCUCAGAUGCUAUACGACUUCCAAAGUGGCCUCAUUCCGUUGUUGAACAAGGCGUUUGUGCCAUCAAAACGAAACCUGAGCUUAGAUUCGGGAUUCGGACAUUUUAAUGUGGGCAUGGAGAAGGUAAUAGACGGUUGAUUUUAGAAUUUUAGGUAAUAAAUUCGAUUUUUUUGAAAUUUUUUUUAGAAAUUGAGAUGAUUUUGGAAUUUUAGGUAAUAAAUUUGAAUUUUUUUGAUUUUUUUUAGGAAUUGAGAUGAUUUUGGAAGUUUAGGUAAUAAAUUUGAUUUUUUUCGAAAUUUUUUUUAAAAACGAGGAUUUUAAAAAUUUUAGGUAAUAAACUUUGGAAGACUUGUUCAAUAUCUUAUAUUUCAACCUUUCUGACACUUUAUCUUUUCCACGUUGUAGAGAUGCUCCGAAGUCCUGAACGUCCUUCAACUCCUGGCAUUACCUUCCCCAACAGCUAUCCUUCUACGCGAUGAGAUCCAACGAAUCCCAGAAUCGAAGGGGUACGCGCGGACCGACAACCAGGGCCGAUACACCGCCAAUGGCACGGUCACUCAGGUACACUCGGACCACGUUACUUUUUUGGUCGAUUGUGGAGCUCCGAGCACGUAUUGUGAGUUUGGAAGAGGAAAUGGGCUUUUAAGGGAUAGUCAAGUUUUAGUAAAAAUUUUUUUGGGAAGGACUUUUUCACAAAAUUUUUUUUUGUUUUUUGGUUUUUAAAAAUAUGGAAAAAGUUGUAGUUGGAGGACUCUUUUACAAAAAAAAUUUUGAAAUUUAAAUUUUUAAUAAAUUUUGAUUUUGUAAAUCUCGCUUUCAGUGAACAAUAUCGAAGGUGGUGUGGAUGCCAUUUUGAUCACACAUUGGCACAGCGAGCAUAGUGGCCGCUUGGCCGACUUUAAAGGUGUUCCAGUACUUCCACCGGCCGAGUUUCGCGAACUUUUAGCUAACACGUCAUUCCUCGGCGAUGACGUCGAGAUCAUGGAGCUGAAAGGACAUACCGAACAGGAUUUGGCCGUCAUUGUCAGGGGGAAUGGUGGCGAUUUUAUUGCCAUAGUUGGUAAGUUUUAUUCUGUUUUGUGUGGUUUUGUGAUCGAAAAGUGGGUGGAAAUGUACGUUUUUGGGUAUUGCGAGGUCAAAAAGUUUGUAGAAGAGCCGGUUUUUGAGAAUGUUGAGGUCAAAAAGUACGCAGAAGGUGAAUUUCGCAGAUAUUAUCUUUAUUUCAGGCGAUCUAUUCGAGAGUGAAGAAGACUUCAGAAAUCCAAAGUACGACAACGUGACCGAUCGUCAAGCAUACGGAGAAUCGAGACGAAAGGUCAUAGAGAAGGACCCACUGGUCAUCGUGCCCGGCCAUGAUUCGCCAUUCAUGAUCCGCCAAAGCUACGAUGUCAAAGCCUACGGCGGCGUGAAAGUGACGCACAUUCUCCGAGGCAAAGGCAUCAAGCAGUGGGUUGUGUGGGGAGGAGACAGGGUCAUCGCCAUAAAUUGUCCGAAUGAAUGUAGGUUUUUAAAUUUUGGCUUAGUGAUAAAUUUUGGGAAUGGCAGAACAUAUUUAGACUUAUUAUUGUAUUUUUAGGCUUAGCAUCAGAUUUUAGGAAUGGUAGAACAUAUUUAGGCUUAUGAUUGUGUUUUUAGAUUAGCAGUGCAUUUUAUUAUUGGUAGAACGUUUUUAGGCUUAUUAUGGUGUUUUUAGGCGUAGAAGUUAAAUUUAAGAUCGGCUCAUUUAGGCUUAAAAAAAGAAUAUUUUGUCAUGGCAGUUCAUUUUUAGGCUUAGCACACAGUCCUUAGGCUUUUAACGCAAUUUUAGGCUUGUAACCAAAUAUUUAGGCUUAGCACAUUAUUUUUAAGCUUACUAAACAUUCUUUAGGCUUGUAACGCAAUUUUAGGCUUAUUCCAGCUUUUUUAGGCUUAUCUUCAAUUUUUUUGUAUUGAGGCUUAACAAAAUGUUUUAGGCUUAGCACACAUCAUCUUUAGGCUUAAUAUCUGUUGUUUUAGGCAUUCGACCAGAACACGUGACCGAUCUUGUCAUCCUGAAGCCGUGUGCCGCUUCCACCAAGUACAUGGCGUCAUACAACAGAAGCCGGAUUUACAUGGCCAACGACGUACUAACCUACCCGAACAUCUACGAACCCUUGACAGAUGACAAUCAACCGCUUCAAGGCUUGAUUCAUGUCGUGAAGGUGAGAGGUGAGGAGCUGGAGGUCCAAAUCCUGGUGGACGGUCGGUGCGUGGAGGCCAUCAAUAUGGACUGUGAAUAG